AUGAUCAAUGCAAUGCAUUAUGCGAAAGUUCAUGGAGCAACCAUUGAUGACAGGAAUCAAAAAGCAAAUGUGGUUGAUUCUAAACCUUCCUCUUCAAAGAGGAAAAAUAAGAAUAAAAAGAAAUCCAAUGAAAAAGACAAUGACAAACAGGAAAAGAAGCCUAAAAAGUCAUCUAAAGGAAACGAGAACAAAGAGAAUAAGGAUAAUAAAACUUCCAAGAAAAAGCAACCCAAAGGGACAUGCUUUCAUUGUGGAGUUGAGGGUCAUUGGAAGAGAAACUAUCCAAACUAUCUCUCUCACCUCUUCAAAACCUCAUCUUCCUCCGCCACCGCCUUUAGAGAAAGACGCUCUUCCUCUUCUUUUUCUUCUUCUCCGCUGCUUAUUCACUCUUGUUCUUCCGCCGCCACCGCUACUAAUCCCAACAUCCAUAAUCGCCGCUCAUCCUCCUCUGCUUCUUCUACUACUUCUAGUCCGGAGUCAGUUCGAGCUAUUCGCUUGCAGAAUAUAGAAGAAUUGAGAAGCAAAGGGCUGGAACCGUAUGCAUAUAAGUGGGACAGGACUCACUCUGCUAAUCAGCUGGAAGAGACCUAUAAAAAUUUAGAAAAUGGCGAAGAAAUGAAUGGUGAGCAAGACAAUGUAUCAAUAGCCGGAAGAAUUGUGGCUCGUCGAGCAUUUGGAAAACUUGCAUUUCUCACUCUAAGAGAUGAUUUUGGGACAAUUCAGUAUGGAAGAAUCCUCACUCAAGUUGUUCAAUGUUUGAAACAACUUUAUUGUGAAAAGGAAAGAUUUUUAAGUGAUCAGUUUGACGAGCUUAAGAAUCUUGUUGAUAUUGGUGACAUACUUGGUGCAAGUGGCUCAAUUAAGAGAACUGAGAAAGGGGAGCUUUCUGUCUACGUGAACUCUUUUGCAAUUCUUACAAAAUCUCUACUGCCCUUGCCAGACAAAUAUCAUGGUCUAACUCAUGUGGAUAAGCAUUACCGGCAAUGGUACAUUGAUAUGAUUUCCAAUCCUGAAGUAGCUGAUGUAUUUCAGAAGAGAGCAAAGAUUGUAUCAGAGUUAUGGAAGACAGUGGAAUCUUUUGGAUUUCUCGAAGUUGAAACUCUAGUUCUACAGGAAUAG